AUGGCAGGGGCCGCGGCCGGCGGCAGAGGCGGAGGUGCCUGGGGGUCGGGGCGCGGGGGGUCCGGGGGGCUCCGACGAGGUUGCUCUCCGCCGGCUCCCGCCGGUUCCCCCCGGGCUGGGCUGCAGCCGCUCAGGGCUACGGUCCCCUUCCAGCUGCAGCAGCCUCACCAACGCCGGGACGGGGGUGGCCGCGCAGCCAGCGUCCCGUGUUCCGUGGCCCCAGAAAAGUCAGUGUGUAGGCCUCAGCCACCCCAGGUCCGACGUACAUUCUCCCUGGACACCAUCCUCAGUUCCUACCUUCUGGGCCAGUGGCCACGAGAUGCCGAUGGGGCCUUCACCUGCUGUACCAAUGACAAGGCCACCCAGACACCCCUGUCCUGGCAAGAGCCGGAAGGUGAGCGGGCAAGCUCCUACGUGCACAAGCGCUCAGCAUCAUGGGGCAGCACAGACCACCGAAAAGAGAUCACCAAGCUGAAGCAACAGCUGCAGAGGACCAAGCUCAGCCGCCCAGGGAAGGAGAAGGAGCGAGGCUCCCCGGUUCAAGGGGAUCAUGCUGUGCGGGGAGCAGUGAGGGCACUCCCUCCCAGCUUCCCCUCAGGGUCCCCUGUCCUGCGGCUCAGCCCCUGCCUGCAUCGGAGCCUGGAAGGACUCAACCAGGAGCUGGAGGAGGUGUUUGUGAAGGAGCAGGGUGAAGAGGAGUUGCUGAGGAUCCUUGAGGUCCCUGAUGGGCACCGUGCCCCAGCUCCUCCACAGAAUGGCAGCUGUGACCAUCCCCUCCUCCUCCUGGAACCAAGCAACCUUGCCAGCUCUCCCUCCAUGCCGUUGGCAUCCCCCCAGCCUUCUGGCCAGGCCAGCCUUGAGGAGCACCAGGGUGCCAUUGAGGAGUUGGCACCUAUCCCCAGUGACAAAGCUUCCUCUCCAGGCCACCCUGCCUUCCUAGAAGAUGGCAGCCCCUCUCCAGUCCUUGCCUUUGCUGCCUCCCCUCGGCCUAAUCACAGCUAUGUCUUCAAGCGUGAGCCCCCAGAAGGCUGUGAGAGAGUGCGUGUGUUUGAAGAGGCCACGUCCCCUGGUCCUGAUCUGGCCUUCUUGACUUCCUGUCCAGAUAAGAACAAAGUGCAUUUCAACCCGACCGGCUCAGCCUUCUGCCCUGUCAGCUUGAUGAAGCCCCUCUUCCCAGGCAUGGGCUUCGUCUUCCGUAACUGCCCCUCCAGCCAGGGCUCUCCCCUCCCCCCUGCCAGUCCCAGGGCACUGCCUCGGAAGGAUCCAGAGACUUCCAAGGCCUCUUCAUUGCCAUUUGAACCAUGGCAGCGCUCCCCACCAUCAGAAGAGUCUGUGCUUUUCCAGAGCUCCUUGGUGGUCUGAGGGGACCUUCCAUCUUAUUCACAUACACUUUACCAGGGAGACCCAGUGCCUUGGUGGCAGGCUCCUCUUUAGCUCCCUGAGCUAGAGGAUGGAGGAACCCUUCCCUCUCGGCCUUUGAGCACUUUCAUUUAUUGUGUCAAAGCCCCAAGUUCUCUGUGGUGGACACCAGCCCCUCCAAAUGGGAGAGGACCUGUUCUGUCCACAUGCAGCUGGGCAGUUCAGCCGUCCUUGCUGCUUCCCUCAGUUGGUGGGAAGAUCUUGAGUCCCCCAUCCCAGGGUAUGAGUCUCAGUGACUUACAGAAGGCUCUUGUCAUGGAACAAGCUGGCUGUGACAGAGAGAGGGGACACCACAGACUUCCUUCCCUCUCCACCUCCGGAGGCACAGAAGAGCAGACCAGAAGACAGAUAUCACAGUCCCUGCACCUCCCUCUGGAGGAGCUGACCAAAGUGGCCCUCAGGGCCAGGACACUUGACCAAUUCAGCUGUUGGCAGGGGAGAACCACGGGUUUUCAUCUCACUUUCACCCUGACUAAAGAUUGUCUUAAGCCGCAGCCCAGCCCCAGGUGGGCAGUGGGGAGAGGGAGAGCUGGCAUUCCUCCAGGUGGCACAUGGUGGCUUCACACUCUUUCCUGCCCCAGGGGUUGGGCUGAAUUAGAAAAAUGCCUAUUUUUCUUGUAACAAUGUAGAAACUCUAUUUUCUCCCAAAGACACUAUUUUUGCAGCUGUUUGAAGUUUGUAUAUUUUCUGUACUGCAAAGCUUACACAAAAUUGAAGAAUGUUAAUGUUCAAGUUUUCUUACCUUGUG